AUGCUGAAGCUAUUACUCACUUUUCGCUUACACAGAAUCGCAAUCAUAGCCGACAUUGAGAAGGCUUUCCUUCAAAUUCUUCUGGACGUUCAGGACCGAGACUUCCUUCGUUUCUUCUGGUAUGAAACCACUCCGUCCGUAGAAGGUCAGUUGCCCCGACUCGAAAUAUGGCGCAUGACACGCGUUCCCUUUGGCGCUACGAGUAGCACUUUCCUUUUAGCUGCCACUAUACAUCAUCAUCUGCAGCACCAGGAGGCUACUUAUCCAUGGACGACAAGUCGACUGAAAGCACGGUUCUAUGUUGAUGAUCUCGUCACUGGCGCCGAGGAUACCCAGGAAGCCAUGAAACUUUUCCGGGAGACUCUUCAGAUCUUUGAAGCUGCAAGCAUGCCAGUCCGGAAAUGGCUCACAAACAGUCCCACGCUCAGGCUACACGCGAGUGUCAACGGUAUCUGCUAA